AUGUCGAAUGGCGAAACAGCCUCGCAGCUUCUGUUGGCGCAACAGCUGGAGUGGGAGCGUGGAUCGAUAACUACGCCUCUAGACACACUGCAGCUGCUCAAUGUCGCUAUGAUGAAGACUUAUGGGGAGCAUAACUUUGAUGCUAUUAAUGCCAUAUUAUCCCCUAACAUUCCAGAUACGCAACUUAAAACGCUCCGCAGAGAUGUCCAUGAUCUUUCAGCUGACACGAUUGUGUAUUAUGAUUUAGAUCAGCACAUGUGUCGACAUAUCGCCAGCACUUAUUCUAAUAAGGACUUGCCUCUCAAGGAGUGCUAUGAGCAGAUGCUACAGCAAACAGAUAUGCUCUACAUUAUGAUCACGCGUCUUUCUCAGGCAGGGCAUCGGAAUAGAUUUCAGCGAUAUUCGCUGAAUAGGGAAUUUAUGCAUGCUAUUACAUGGUUUUACUUUACAUUUGAUGCACUGCACGUGGAGAUGCUUGGGAAAAUCAUUUACUUGAUUCAUAUCAUCAUUACUCAGCUUUCUGCCCCGCUUCGAAUAAAGGAUAUCAUUAAUCCUUUGCUUCUUAGAGACAUGAUCCUGGGCCGGGCACAGAGAUAUCCCAUUAUGCGCAUGAUCAAUGCAUGCGGAAUUAUUGGGCACUUGUCAACGGACUCUAUGUCUUACGAUUUAACCAACGCAGCCUUGGGAUACUGCUUGACAGGUAAGCAGACUCCCAUGCCAGACCUAAACACGGAAAAUAGAAUACUCACAGACUCCUAUCUUGCUAUUUUUCUUGGACUCCAAUAUGCAAGCUUCCAUAUUCGAUAUCUUGGCGUCGCAGCUGCCUCAAUCUUUUGCGAAACGAAUAGUGACUUGUUCAAUGCCCCCAUUGUCCAGACCUAUCUAACAAAGAAAAGCAGUAUUGCAUGGUUCAAAUCAUCCCCACCAGGAGUUCUUCUUCUCCGUGACAUUCUCCUUGUUAGAGGAUUUAAGAACGUGGAGGACAGAAGUACAGAAUCACAGAAGGAAGAAUCUCCGUUUGCAGGCGCCAGCAUGAUCAAGUGUUGCCUUGAGCUGCGUAAAAAUCAAUACACAUCUGUCUUUUUCAACACAUUCCUCAAAAUGCUUCUUUCGGGCGAGUAUGGGUCCAUGCACAAACAGCAUCUGUUAACAGCAGGCAUAAUAAGGUACUUCUUUUAUGCUCUUUCAGAGUAUUUCUCUUCACAGCUGGCCACAAUAGCAUGCAAGGCUAUCAACGGAAUCCAGGAAUACAACAUCUUUCCAUUGGUACGCGAGUAUAUUAGAGCACGACCGUGGGUGGCAAAAAGGAAUACUGGCAUUAGUGUCCCUCCAGACGCGAUUUCGACUGCUAUGUAUGAAUACCAAGAAAUGUCUACUAAUACUCAUAUUGUGGCUACACAUAGUAUUUUCUUGAAGCUUGUAUUUCGGUUUUUCCUUGUGCAAUCACCUUCUGACUCCACACAGCAAUUUCCGGUAUCAUAUCUUCUUUCUCCGACAGAACUUAGCAUAAUGCGUUUUUCCAUGCCACCAUGCUAUGACACCUUUGGUUGCGGAUCGCACCCACUCACUUCUAAGGGAUUCAUAUCCACGUUAAUCGAUCUUUUUAUAUACAUGCCACUAAGUGACACAAGGCGGCAGUGGAUAUACAUUAUAAUUGCAUGCCUCAUAAAGGGUGCGCUCUCAUUUGAAAAGAGCUAUUUUUCUAAGUAUAAGAUCUUUGACUAUGUUAUAAAUGUGCUUAAAUUUCAUCGCUCUUGGCUCGAUCUUUCCAUUCCAGACUUUGAGAAGGAAACAAUUAGCGCAUUGGAUAUUCUAGGCGCUCUUAUCUAUCGUAACACGAAAUUUAUCCAGAAGAAAUUUGAUUCUAAUCCUUCCAAUGCACAGUUGCUUCUUGAAUGUUUGACCCACAGUGUCAAUCUUUCUUCUUCCUGCCUUAGAAGCUGCGUCCAGACUGUUGCUGAAGUGGUAGAAGAAUAUCGGCAAGUAUUCAAGUGUAGCAGAACAAACUGGAUUGGACUGGACCUGUCCACUUCUUCAUCCUCCACGUUUAUGACUGGGAUCCAAAGCAAUACCGAGUCUCGACUGCUGCACACAGUGGCUACCAAUUGGGUUAAUAUUAUCUCUUUCCUAUUCACUAUGCGAAUAGAAGCCCUACAACCUCCCACAAUUUCUAUAAUAACAACCGCUCUUACCAUGCUCGAUACCGCACAGUUUCAUAGCGAAGACUCUGCAGGAGACAUCCUGCGUUCUGCCCUUCUUGGCCCUCUUCUUUAUCUGAAGAUCCAUAAGCAUGAAAUUGAGAGGGAAUUUACUGUAUCUGAAGAAAUCAGAAACAUCUUUGCCGAUAGAGGAAUUAGAUUUUCUCGUCAAAAGAUCACAUAUUAUUUCCAACAAUAUUGCAAAGAGCAUAUAGACACUGCCUUCAAAAACUGCACUGAGGAGGAACUGAAAGCAAUGUAUCAGAAGUAUAGUAAGCGCUCCCCUCCAUUUUCUACUCCUGCAUCAAUGAGCAAAUGCGGAACGUUCGAAAUGCGUUUUCCUUGGGAAAAUAUAAUGAACUAUCUUGCAGAACUAUCUUUGCGGAGCCACUUUUGCGUCGCAAGUUUAAAUGGAGCAGAAUGGAAUCUUUAUGGCCACGCUCUACUGGAGUCCCAAACACUUGACAAUAUUCUAUACAAUAACCCUUGCCCAAACGUGAUAAUCACAUACAGAAUGAUGCGUGCGUGGCUCAUGACUUCUUUGAUCAGGACAGAUAGAACUAGAUGGAGAGCUUAUGGAGCAAAUAUCAACAUCCCUAGACUUAGAGUGAUCUGUCAGAACCUUCUCGAGGAGUUAAGACUCCUCAUAUGUGAAGUAUAUGGCCAUGAGGUCCUAAAGCGUCUUCUCAAUACUGAAGGACCCACGCAACCCAUUCUCUUUGACGAAGAAAGUAAUGAGUAG